AAAUGACAAAAGCAGACGUCAUUAAAGCAAAUACUGGCAAAGUGUUAAAUUUCGACCAUCUUACGUUUUGGGUGGCGAAUGCGAAAACGGCAUCUAGUCAUUUUGUUACCCGUUUCGGAUUUAAGCCUUUAGCUUUCAAAGAUUCGUCAGAAGACAGACCUGUCGUUUCCUAUGCCGUUCAACAAAAUAAGAUAAUAAUUAUAUUUGAAUCACCUCUUUCAAACAAGAGUGAGAUCACAAAAGAUUUAGCCGAUCACGGAGAUUUCGUUAAAGACGUAGCAUUCGAGGUAUCUGAUCUGGACGCCAUUGUGCAAAAGGCAAGGCAAGGAGGCGCUGUUGUUGUCAAAGAUGUUACCGAGGAGAAUGAUAAAAAUGGAAUUAUAAGAUAUGCAGUUUUAAAAACGUACGGUGAUAAUACUCACACCAUAAUUGACAGAUCCAAGUACAAUGGACUGCUGUUCCCCGGAUACCAAGCCCUUGAAGACGAUCCAUUGAAUGAGCUAUUGCCUGAAACUAAUUUGAAUUUCGUAGAUCACGUGGAAGGUAAUAUGGCUGAUGGAACACUUGAGGAAUCAGUGACUUGGUACGAGAAGAACCUGAACAUGCACAGGUUCUGGUGCGUGGAUUACAGCCACGACUUAGUGCCGUAUUCUUGUAUUAACUCGGCUUCUGUUAUUAAUCAGACGGAAACUGUGCUUCUUUCGCUAAACGAAGCUGCGAAAGGUAUCCGGCCUACAAGCAAAGCUUCGGAAUUUGUGAAGGCUCUAGGCACGUCGGGAGUCGAACACAUUGCGCUUUACACGGAUGACAUCGUCUCUACCAUGAAGAGCUUGAAGUCACGUGGCGCCGACAUCCUGUCCUGGCCGUCUACUUAUUACGACCUGAUUAAGGAGAAACUUAAGGAUAGUCCUGUUAAUGUAGCAGAGAGCAUUGAAGAACUGAAAGAGCAGAACAUAUUGAUCGACUUUGACGAGAGAGGUUACAUGUUGCAAGCAUUCACCAAGCACUUGCAAGUCCGUCCCACUUUAUUCAUUGAGAUAAUACAAAGAAGGAACCACAGGGGUUUCGGGGCUAUGAACUACAGAUGGGUAUUCGAGGCUAUUGAGCGCAUAGACAAGAAGGAAGCAGACAACUAAAAAAAACACAGAUAAUAUAAUAAAAAUAGUAAUACGUCAACUUGUAUUGUUUGUCUAUCUGAAUGAGUGAA